UACAAAUGUGAACAGAAAAAAUUUAAAGUGUGUUGAAACUUUUAAGGAAACUGCAACUAACGAUAACCAACUUAACUUUACAUACCAUCAUCAUUAUACCAACUAUACUAUGUCAACACCAUCUAAUAAAGUUGAUUUGGGUUCACUUUCACCUCAACAAUUGGUGGAAUUCAGAAAAUCAAUUGAUCAAGAGAUAAAUCAUUUCACUCAAUCGUUACAAGCUUUACAAACUGCUCAAUCUAAAUUAAAAGAUUGUGUUACAAGUGUUGAUAAUUUAGAAAAAUCAAAGAGUGAAGAUUUAUUAGUCCCUUUAACUAGUUCAUUAUAUUUACCUGGUAAAACCAUUAAAAAGAAUGAAUAUUUAGUGGAUAUAGGGACAGGUUAUUUUGUUGAAAAACUGGCUAAAGAUGCAAAACAAGUGUAUGAUUUUAAAAUAAAGAGAUUAGAUGAAGAUGCUAAAAAGUUAAAGGAUAUAUUAGUACAAAAGAAUGAAAUUUUAAAUACCGUUAAUUUAGUAUUAAGAAAGAAAAUGAUUGAAAUUGAAAGUCAACAACAAGGUCAACCUCCUCAAAAGGUUUAAUGAUGUAUUAGAAU